AUGGUUAAUCGCCACCUGGCCAAUAUCCUUGCCGACACCAGUGCUGCCUUGUCUAUAGUUUUGACACCUUUCGUUCACAAGCACUCAAUAAAAACAAAACCCACAAAAAACAGAACUGUACAUGGGGUGACUGGUCACUCCCUUGCCAUCUCCAGAGAUGCUGAGGUAGACAUAGCCAUUGGAGGGCAGUACCUGGGAAUGCUGAAGGUCACCAUUGCCAAUGCUAGUGACUAUGACCUCAUCCUGGGCCAGCUCGACUUUGGCAGAAAUGAUGUGGUCCAGCCAAACACAACCACCCAAGGGAUUACACCAGAAUUGGGUGCCAAUUGCAAGACUGAUGGUGGAACCAACAAGUUCCAGUCAAAAGCGCCUCCUCGAGGGAUCCCACUGAAACUCGGCAAGAACCACAGACCUGAUGAGUCUCAGGUGAAUCUCGUGGUGCAUGGACAUGAGUUCGUCGAUGCUAAGGAGCUCAUCCAUGCAGCACUGCGAGAUGGCCCCAUUGGGAUCAUGCUAGUCAGUGCCCCUCCAGCAUCAUUCCUGGUGUUUGGGUUUGUCCCCACAGGGGACAAUAAAGGCAUAGAAAUGGAAAUGACACAGGGGGAACCCCCCAUGGCCGUCAACAUACCAGCUCCAUACCAACAUCUCCAGGAGGUGUUUGAUGAGGUCAAGGCAGAUAAGCUUCCCCCUCAUGCUGCCCACGACUUGCAUAUCGAGCUACUCCCCAGCUCAACACCACCACAGGGCCCUUUGUAUCUUAAGGGGCCAAAGGAGAUGGCCGAACUAAGGAAGUACCUUGACGAAAAUCUUGAGAAGGGGUUCAUAUGCCCUUCAAAGAUUAAGAAUUGGGCACUGCUGCCUCUGAUCGAGGAGCAGCUGUUCCUCCUUCGAAAAGCGAAGAUCUACACCAAGCUGGACCUGAAGGCAGCAUACAACUUGGUCAGGAUCGCUGAGGGCAAUGAGUGGAAAACAGCAUUCGGUACUCAAUUGGGGCUGUACGAGUAUCUGGUCAUGCCAUUUGGGUUGGUGAAUGCACCUGCGCAUUUCCAAUCGCUCAUCAACCAAAUCUAUUGUGACAUCAUUGGUGUAUACAUGGUGGUAUACCUCGAUGACUUCCUGAUAUUCAGCAACAAUGAGAGAGAGCACAUCGAGCAUGUCAGGACAGUGCUGGGUAGACUCAAGGCAUGGCGAUUGUUUGCCAAGCUCUCGAAGUGCACAUUCCAUACCAACACUGUUGAGUUCCUCAGCUACAUCAUCAAGCCUUCCAGUAUUGAGAUGGACCCUGAUAAGAUCAAGACGAUCAAGGAGUGGCUGAUGCUGGAGUCAAUACAUGACAUCCAAUGCUUCCUUGGAUUCACCAACUUCUAUUGGAGGUUCAUAUCCCACUUUGCAUGUAUCACGAGACCACUCAUGUCACUAGUCAAACCAACAGAGCGGUUCAAGAAGUUCACCCUCCCUGAUGAUGCCUGCAUGGCCUUCUACAAGCUGGUGGAGGUUUUCACCACUGCUGGGGUACUCAAGCACUUUGACUACCAUCAUCCUACACAUUUGGAGACGGAUGCCAGCGACUUCGCCAUCACUGGCAUACUCAAACAAGAGUACAACAGGUGA